AUGGAUUACGACCGGGUGUCGUACCCGCUCCAAAGCCAGGAUUCAACGUCCAUGAUCUGGACUUACAUAGCUGAGGAUGAACCAUGGAACGGACACGGUGUCUCCCAGCUAAACACCCAGCAAUAUGGUUCCAUGCAGUCUCUGGCCUUCCAGAGGUACAGAAACAACGACGCAUCAGACUAUGGCACGAACCCGGCCCCAACUCUUGCUUCCGACUCGGGCUAUGCGAGCCAGCGGCGACCCAUCCCCGGAGAUGAUUCACUUUGCGGAGAGAGCAUACUAGAUCCGGAGAUCCAGGCCAUCGAGUCCGGAUUCGAUCAAUUUGGGCUCAUCAGUGCUCCCGUGCCUCGCUUUCCUAAUCUACAAAGUCAAUCCACCCCCAAGCAUUCAGUCUCCGACUGGGUCUGCCCGGAUUGUUCCAGUUCUUUCAAGAACAAGACUACGCUGAAUCUCCCUUCGCAGUCUCAGGAUAUCCUCCGGGCUAUCGGCUCCCUUGGACUUGACCCAGCCGAGAGUAGGGCAUCCGCCAGAAGAGGUGGAGAUGAACAAGACGGUCUGCAAGCUGAGCUUGAGACGCUCCUUGAGGAGCCAGAACUGCCAGCUUCUAGCGCCACGUCGAGGCAGAGGCAUGUUGCCGAUAUAUCUCAAAAAAUCAAAGCUGCGGAUCUCGAUUCUCAAUCUCCUACCGCCCUUUCAGGGCCGGCCACCAGCACUUUCGCUCCGCCCACUGAAAUUUACCAGACUGCCACAGGCUUCGAAAAUCCUUUAGCUCAUGCUAUGCCUGGAGUUCAAACUCACGCGUCCAUUAAGAGCCAACCUGUGUUCUGCGCAAAACGAUCGGAUGGGAGCUACGUCGAUGCUAACACGCCACUUACUGUUUUGGCCCAGAAGAGGGCUGUUGGCGACAACCCCCAAGGUAGAGAAGACAGUGUUCAUGAUCAUACCACGCAACCUGGGUGCGAGAUUGACAGCCCGGUGGCCUUCCCAAUUGACUCUCCUCGAGGCCUAGCAGAUACCGACACACUUGAUAAUACCGAGGCGCAAAAUGGGUUCCUACAUAAUCCUUCCACCAAGUCUUCAGCUCUUCAGAGCGAUCAAGAAAUCUUCCAACUCCUUGAAGAGAUUCCCGAACACAUUCUUCAGUCUUUCAUGGAACGCAAGUUGAGAAAUACGAGCAUGGAUACCGACGAGGUCCGCGAUGAUCCUGGAUCGGUGGCGGCCACGCAGAAGCAUGAGCACGGCUGCUCUGAAUGUGACAAGUCGUUUCCCCGAAAGUGUGAGCUAAACAAACACAUGAAGCGACAUGAGAAGCCUUACGGCUGCACCUUUCCGGAGUGCACAAAAAAGUUUGGCAGUAAGAGUGAUUGGAGACGCCAUGAGAGCAGUCAACACUUCCAGCUCGAGAUAUGGAGCUGCGAUCAAUGCUCAAAGGCCUAUCACAGACGCGAAAUAUUCAAGCGCCACCUAGAGGACGAUCACGGCUUAAUUGAUGAUGAAGAGCUUGCCAAUAAGCUAGAGAGCUGCAGAGUGGACCGUCAUAGCAGCAAAAAGUUUUGGUGCGGAUUUUGCGAAAAGAUUAUUCUGGCCGACAUGGAGCCCGGAUUAUGGAAUGAAAGAUAUGAACAUAUCGAGGAUCACUUUAUUGGACGAAAGGGUUUCCCACGACGGCAUAUCGGCGAAUGGAAGCGGGGUGACAGUGAGCAUUCUAAAGCUAUAGAGAACGCCUCGCAAGGCACGGGCGACCUCAAUGGGUACUCGGCUCGAUACAAGCGCGAGCCUCAAUCAGAGGUGGUGAUGGAGUCACUCCGUGGACCCCGACAACUCGAAAGGAAGAGGCAACGGCCGAAGGCUGAGAGCCCGAGUCCAGGCGCCAGUGAGCAGAAGAGGAGACGAGUUGGGGUUCGAGGGCAUAUGGCGUGA